AACCCACCGUAUCACCCGCUUUCCUCCACUUCCUGUGGUCAGUGCCUGCCGAUUGCGACCGGGAUUCCCGCCGCGCGAGAUACCACCAGCACCAGCACGCUUAUCUAGCAGUCUAGCAGGCGCACGGCCUGCUCCCGACGCUGCCAUGGCGACUUCCCAAUACAACAGCCAGCACCAGCCGCUGCCGUCUGUCCCUCAGCACGACAACGUCCAGUCCUACGGUUACCCGCCGUCCGCGCCGUCCCAGCAAUAUCACUACCAACAACAACAACAACAGCAGCAACAGCAGCAGCAGCAGCAGCAGUACGCUCCUCAGAGCCAGCCUCAGUACCAGCAGCAGCCUCCGGCGCACUCCCAGCAACCAUUUCGGCAGGGUGUUCCCGAACCCCCGCGCCCCAAGACCAGAGGACUGAGUUUCCGCUCGGAAAAGUCGCACCACAGCUCAAACAGCCCCGGCAAGAAUAAUCUCCAGGAGACACACGCCGAAAAAGAAGCCAAGCGCCUUCACAGCAAGGCCGACCCUACACUUGCGAUGCAGGAGGCUGAACCUUCGGCCAUCGCGGCCCAGGCUGCAGGGAAAGACGCGGCACUCCGGCCACUGAGUUCAAUUCAACACAAGGGUUACGACGGAUUGGCCAUUGUCGAUCCUGACCGGUCGAAUCCUACACGGUCGCGCUGGGAGCGCCCGCUUGAGACAAUUCGCAGCUUCGAAGCCGCCAUUGACGGCAACUACAACCGCAAGUCAUUUUACAGAUCCGAGUCUGAGUCUGCAUUGAACGGCUGGAACCGCCGCACAAGUCAGUAUGGAAAUCAAGGUGGUCCACCACGGUUUCCUCAGAACAGCUAUUAUGGCAGCCGGCCGCACUCCAUCUACCGCCCAGAGAGCGUGGUUUACGACACAGGACGCCACGACGGAGGCGGACCCGGCCGCGACGGGUAUUUCGAGGGCCACGACAACGGGCGGCGCUACCACCGGCAGCAAUCUGAGCCACAUCUGAACCGCGCCAACGGGGCAAGAAAUGUGUAUCCGAUGUCGAACAGCCACCAAUCCCACGAGACCGUGGCAUCCGGCUCCGGCAGCGGAAGCGAGCCUGCGGGCUACUCGACAGACCCGAGCAGCGAGAAUAGCUCAAUGGGGCGACGCUCGCCCCCCAAGCGGCAAGAACCAGCUCAAGACUAUGGCAUCAAGUUUGGCCAGACUGGUUACGAAAACCGGUCUUUUGCGCCAUCCGGCUUGUCCAACUCCCAGACCAACCAGCCAGCCGUUCCCAGGAAGGAUGUCGGUGGAGCCAUGCUGCGAAAGCAGACUGCACCCCCACCAGUCACCGCGACACAGGCCCGACCAGCACCUGUGGAAAAGAGGAAGAGCUGGUUCUCGAAGCGUUUCAGCAAGGCCUAGGCGGCUUUUCUGAACCAAGCACACAGCUCGAAACCCUGAACACCAGCACAAAUCAUGCUGGACGAUGUUAUACGACGACUUUUUAGUACUUUUUCU